AUGGAUCGCGGCACCACGCCCGGCUGGUCAUCGCACAAUGGCCAACGCUUGCACACUAGCGGCAUGGUUGCCGGUCCAUCGGAAGAGGAACCGGGAGAGGAAUCCAGCUCGGAUAAGGAACCCAACCCGGAUGCCGAGUUCCUCGUUGGGAUUGACCUCGGUACGACGUGCUCAGGAACAAUCACGGGGGCAGGGACGUCGUCCAUCAUGGCGGGCGAGUUCAUCUAUCAUGACCAGAGACUGUGGCCGGGCACAAACCAAGACGGCCCGUCAGCAUUCGGGUUCAAAAUACCAACGAGAAUCGCCUGCUCUGACCAUAGCCACUGGGGUUUUCAGGUUCGCGACGACGAGCCGUCAUUCGAGUGGUUUAAGUUGUGCGUCCCUCACGAGGACGAGGUACCGGAGGACAUUUUGAACGCCGUUACGCUAGCUGACGCCCGGUCUUUCCGUCAAGGUCAGAGUGUCAAGGUAAUGGGGGUGCUGGAAGCAUACCUAAGGGGGCUGUGGGCCCACUGCCUGGAAUCAAUCGCCUUUGGGGAAGGUCUGGACGUGGAGGAGGUCCGCAUGUGCAGGAUAUACGUCGUCAUCGGCAUUCCCGCCAACUGGAAGUCCAGAUCGCGGGAUUUCCUGCUCGAAGCUGCGCGCAACGCUGGCAUCCCGGGCCUGUACGGCCGUACGACCAUCGAGACAUGUGUCGAGCCAGUGGCUGCAGCCAUCGCUCUGUUGGAACAGACCCCGAACAUCGAAAGCAUGAACCUGACGGCCGGCGACAUCUUCACCGUCCUCGACGCAGGUGGAGGGACUUCUGACACUGCCACGUUCAAGAUACAUUCCAGGCAACCGACGUCUCUACAGCAGUGCGUGCCACCAGGUGCACGGUUUUGCGGACCGGUCCAAGUCGAAAGAUUGAUAUUCGAACGCUUCUUUAAGAAGGUAGAGGCCGAGGCAGAGGACGACAGAGCUGCCACCCUCACAGACGCCGAGAUUCAGCCGCUCUUCCGUAAAUGGUGGUAUGAUUCUGCCAGGGAAGCCUUUAAGUCCUCCAAGGAUGCCUGGGCAGUCGACGUUCCCGACCACCUGAUCUACAUCACGAUAAGCAAGGACACUAGAAUGACCCGCCAUAUGGGUCGUCAGCUGAAGGAGCAAUUCGAUCGCCGGGCGGAUCGCGGACGUGUUUCUAUUAGCUUCACCGGGGAUGAGUUGAAAGAACUCAUGGGACCCACGAUCGAAAAGAUGGUUGAGCUAGUUCAGGACCAGUUCACGGCGGCUUUGGCCAAGGAGGGAAGGCAGCCCAGGGUUAUGUUUGUAUGUGGGGGUUUUAGUCAAAACCUCUACGUGCGCGCAAGACUCGAGGAGGAGAUCCGCGACUGGAAUGCGAAGCACGCCUCCGAGUCCGACCCCAUCGAAAUUUCUUUUGCUGACAGCCCCCUCAACGUGGACGCUGUGUCGAAGGGAUGUGCUCGAUAUGCUUUGGAACUUCGCUGUCGGAGCGCCGGCACUGGACCCCAAGCGCCAAGCCCGGUUGCUCAGCACGCCUACAGAGUUCGCGGCGAUGGCCAGAACCGCGGGAUCCUUGCACAGGGCGCUCUCCUGGCCGCGGACCAAGAACCGCUUACGAUCACGCUCGAACGUCUCGAUUUCACCAUUAACGACCUCCCUUUCGGGAGGGCAACGGCCACGUUGAAAAUUGAAGAGGACAAUUGCCCUCUCUGCGAAAUGUGGUGGACCAAUGCCGGUGCCGAGCGUCUUAUCGCUGCGCUCAAUGUCGGCCCCCGCGUGUCUCUCGGGGUCAGGCAUUCCGGGCAUGGCAUUUACUUCACAGCGUACAUCGGUGGCGAUGCGCAAGCGCAGGGCAAUGACUUCGAUAUCUCCUAUGUGAUGGAAGCAUACACCUGA